CCCUUGGUUUUUUUCCAUUGCAACUGCCAAAUAGGCACAGUUCGUUUUUUGUUUUUACAUAAAUUAACAGGAGAACGCUACAGAAACUACAAAAGUCAGCUGCUCCUCUCUCCCAUCACUCCAAGGAGGCUUGUUUUGUGCCCCACCUGGAACUUGCCGAGAACUAAAUUAAUUCCCUUGAGGCCACCAGAAGGUUCCUGGGAAGCCGACAGCUGGAUUUGGGCCAGGCAUGGCAAACAAACGUGGUCCAGGCAUCUGCCCACCCAGCUGCUCCAUUCUCUUCAUGUUUCUGCAGCUCCUGUCCUGCAGCAUCCCUGGAAAUGGGAAAGCCGACUUCUCUGUCUUUGCACCUGACAAACCUCUUCUGGCCGUGGUUGGGGAAGAGGUGGAUCUACCAUGCCAUCUGUCCCUCAAUAUCAGUGCCGAGGACAUGGAACUGCGGUGGUACAGGGACCAGCCAUCCCCAGCCAUGCAUCUGCAUAAGAAUGGGAUUGAUGUGCAGGAUGAACAGAUGGCAGAGUACCAGGGAAGGACCACCUUCCUGAGCACCAGGCUGGCCCAGGGCCAAGCCGCAGUGAGGAUUCACAAUGUCACUGCUCUUGAUAAUGGGACCUUCCACUGCAACUUCAAAGAUGGCAUCAUGUCUGCAGAGACCACACUGUGGCUGAGGGUUGCAGGGCUGGGCUCAGAGCCCAAAAUCCAAGUGGGACCUGGACAGAGUGAAGGUGUCUGGGCACAGUGCACUUCGGAGGGCUGGUACCCAGAGCCCCAAGUGGAGUGGAGAGACCUCGGGGGACAAUCCCUACCUUCUGUGACCAACCUGUCUGCCUCUCCAACAACGGGCCUCUUCAGCGUGGUGUCCAAUGUGACUCUCCUGGACAGGGAUGUGGAGGGCCUCUCCUGCUCCAUCAUCAGCUCCCUCCUCCAGAGGAGGAAGGUGGCCAAGAGCUACUUGCCUGCUCAGUUGUCCAGAAGUUUGCCAUCAAUGACGUGGAGAACUGUGCUGCCUCUGAUCCUCACUGUAGCAGGGCUUGCCAUAGCUGGAGCUACCUGUCUCUUCCAGAAAUGCUGGACAGAAGAUGUGAUCAUCUAUGUCAGCCCAUCCCUGGACCCUGACACCGCAAGCCCCAAACUCGCUCUGUCUGAGGACGGGAAGAGUGUGAGGCGGCUAUUCUUUGACCAAGAGCUGCCCGACAUCCCCAGCAGAUUCGACCAGGACCCCUGUGUGCUGGCCCGGGAGCAGUUCUCUGCUGGGAAGUAUUACUGGGUGGUCCAGGUGGGGCAUAGGAAGGCCUGGAACUUGGGCGUGUGUCUGGACAGCUUGGAUCCGAAGGGAAGGAUCCCCAAGGCCCCCACGAAUGGACUCUGGGCCCUAGAGCUGUACAAGGAGACAUUCUGGGCACUCACCUUCCCGAGGGUUCGCCUAUACCCUUCUGAACCCCUGCAUCAGGUCGGCAUUCUCCUGGACUGUGAGGCUGGCAGAGUCUCCUUCUACAAUGUGGGCAGUGGAUCCCUCAUUUACACAUUCUCUGGACUCUCUUUCUCCGUACCCCUGAGGCCAUUCUUCUGCCUUUGGACUCAUGACCCUAACCCCCUGACCAUUUGCACAGAAUGCCAGGACUUAGAGGCAUUGGGAUCUCCUCAGAGCCAGGGACAGAAGGUGGGGAGCCUCCUCCAUCAAGACCCAUGAUCUCUCCCCUCAGGCCCAUCAUAGAUUUGGGGAAACCAUAUCCAUUCUACAUCCCAGCUAUACCCAUACAAGGGUACACCUUUCUGAAUUAUUCUGUCUCAUCUUCCUUUUCAUUCCCUGUACUAUACUAAGAAUAUAUUAUGGGCUGAACCAUGUCCCCUCAAAUUCACAUGUUGAAGCCCCAACCCCCAGGACCUCAGAAUGGGGCUGUAUUUGGAAAUGGGGUUUUUACAGAGGUUUUUGAGUCAUAAGGAGGUCUCUAGAAUGUGCCUUGAUCCCAUAUGAUGGGAGUCCUUAUCAGAAGAGUGGUUUAGGGUACAGACACACACUGGUGGAUGACCAUGCAUGCAAAGACACAGUAAGGAGAUAGUGUUUACAUGCCACGGAGAGAGACCUCAGAAGGAGCCAGCCCCACCCACAGCUGGAUUUGAGACUUCCAGUCCCAAGGAUUAGGACACAAUAAAUAUGUGUUGUUUAAACAAA